AUGGCCGCCGCGCUGCGGGCCGCGCUCUGCAGCGGGCUGCUGCUCCUCGUUUCUGGAAUGGUCCCAGAGCCCCAGAACGUGAGAAUUACUUCAGUCAAUCUGCACAGCACCUUGCAGUGGGAUGCACCACGGUUCCCCAGAGGAAACCUCACCUACACUGUGCAGUCCAAGAGCAUCUACUACCCUGGGGGACAGCUUUGAGACGCUGGGGACAGAGCUGAGGCUGCCCGGUGUGACGUGUCCUCGCUGUCACCCUACGGCAGCUACGCGCUGCGGCUGCGCGCCGAGGCAGGAGAGCUGCACUCCCCCUUCACCCUCCCCUUCAAGCCCAUGGAUGACACUGCUCCCCCAGCUUCCCUUUGGUGUGUUUGUGUGUUUGCAGGCAGCUUCAGGUGGACACCAGGCACAAGCUCAGAGAUCCUGGCCCAGCUGGAGCCAUGGACAGUUUACUGUGUCCAGGUGCAGGCGCUGAUUCCCGAGUGGAACAAGACAGGGCAGCUGAGCAGGGAGCUCUGUGAGCAGACAACCCACAAUGGUGUAACCCCUGUGUGGAUCAUUGUGACUGUUCUGGUGGGGUCCAUGCUGGUCGUGGGCACAGCUGUCACCGUUUGUUUCUUCUUCAGUUUUUAUGUGUACAGACUCAUCAAACAUGUUUUCUGCCCUUCCUACAUUUUCCCAGAACACUUGAAAGAGUUUCUGAGCAAACCUCCUGGUGCUCCACAGCCUUUCCCUCCCCGAGAAGAGCUGCUGGUUUGUGACAAGCUGACAGUGAUUGCAGAGCAAUCCCAAACCCUCCCUGGAGGGGCUGGGGAUGGGGCCAGCAGGACACCAGAGCUCCCUCAGGACCCUGCACAAGGAGAUGACUCAGGAGUGGGAGCAGCCUCAGGAAAGCCCAAAGAUCCUCCUCGUUCUUCCUUGGAAAAGGAGAAGCAAAUGGACUUUGGGGUUUGUCUCAUUGCUGUUUUCCAGCAGGAAAACCCCACAGACAAACACGGCGUCACAGACUUUUGACAGAACCAUUUUAUUUUUUUAAGUACAAGAAACUUGGCUCUAAAUGAGGAAUUAAAUGAUCCAUAACUUUUGCCACUGCUGGUUGUGGCUCCCUGAGCAAUUGUAGCAAUUCUGGCACUGAUUAUGACACUAAAAAGGAAAUGUCAUAUUUAUAUAUAAUACUAAUUAAUUAAACUUUGGUGAACUAUUUAUUGCAAAAACGAAUCAAAAUGUUUAUAAAAGGAAUUAGUAUUUUGUAAGGAAAUACCUGGUUUAUUUUUAAGAAAAGAUGGGGUUUAUUUUUUUUUAAUGAGAAAUGAUGUGUUUUUAAGGAUAUCCCCAUUGGCAUCAUCUUUCUAUGGAAUUUAUUCUUCCCUGAUGCAAAGUUGUGAAGUUUUUAGGGUGGGGUGAACUGAUGUCUGUGGGAAACUUGGCAGCUGAAGUGGGAAUUAAAUGAGGUUCAUUUUAA